UUCAGUGGGUAGAGUUAGUGGCCAUUUGUUGAAAAGAUUCCAGAGAAAGACUACCUUCAUCAUGGCCACUCCGCAAAUUUUUCUGGACGAGAAUUACAAUUUGCACUAUCCACCAGGUGCCAAACACACCGAUGCCGCCUCAGAUGAUGUGUUGGCAGUGACCCAUGAGCAUUGGACUCAAUUUCCCCCGGUCCAUCCAUUCAUCCAGCACUUUUUUGGCAUCCUGUUCUUUGUUCUCUGGGUCAUCUCAGUUUCGGGCAACGGCUUAGUCAUCUUUAUCUUUCUCAAGAUAAAGACGCUACGAACCCCAUCCAAUAUGUUGGUAGUGGCAUUGGCAUUCUCAGAUUUUAUUAUGAUCUGCUCACUGGCCCCGCCGCUAUUCAUCAAUGUCUUCAUUGGCAAAUAUUGGGCCUUUGGACCUUUGGGUUGCGAAUUGUACGGAUUCUUGGGUGGAGUUUUCGGCUGUGCUUCUCUGUGGAUGAUCAUCAUGAUUGGCUAUGAUCGGUACAAUGUUAUUGUGAAAGGAUUCAAUGGUGUCAAAACUACUCCCUGUAUUGCUUUCCUCAUGAUCAUCUUCUCGUUUGCUUAUUCUACAGCAGUCUGUCUUCCUCCUCUCUUGAAAGUAUGGGGAAGUUAUAAGUUGGAGGGGCUCCUUUUGACAUGUUCCUUUGAUUACAUCACUGAUGAUUGGGUCAACAAGAGUUUCACACUAUUCUUCUUUAUUGGAUGUUACGGUCUCCCCAUGUGCUUCAUCAUCUAUUUUUACUCGCAAAUUGUCUAUGCAGUGGUGGCUCAUGAACGGGCUUUGAAGGCUCAAGCCAAAAAGAUGAAUGUGGAAAGUCUUCGAUCAAACACAGACGCCAAUGCCGAGAGCGCAGAGGUGAGAAUCGCCAAAGUGGCAAUCACCAACAUUUGCUUGUGGCUCCUGGCUUGGACUCCUUAUGCCGCUAUCGCCAUGAUUGGUCAGUUUGGGGGUGCUCACUUGUUGACCCCGGUGGUCACGCAACUCCCUUCGUUCUUGGCCAAGACUGCUUCAUGUUUCAACCCCAUUGUUUACGCCGUUAGCCAUCCCAAGUAUCGAGAGGCACUGACCAAGGAGCUACCUUGCCUAGGAAUCAAAGAACACUCGGAGACAGAGGAUACCAAGACGACAGCAGUGUCAAGCGAAUAAUCUUGAUGACAUUUCUUUGGCUUUGAAACAUUUGGUGUCUGAUAAGUGAUAAGUGUAACCCCCUGAAUUAUUGUUAAGGAAUAAAAACAGCAGAAACGUCA